AUGUUUUGGGUAAUAGACACCGCUCUUGAUGACACUCUUGGAAAGGCAUAUAUUGAUACGUAAGUAAAGAUGUCACCGAAAUGUUGUCCGUAACACGUACAUUUACAAAAUGUGUAACGAUGUGAAGCUGCAACCUGAGCACCCAUAGUUUUUGAAGCAUUUGGACCGAGGCCCAGAUGGUCCUUAUCGCGUGCAAAUAUAUACAGUCAACAUAAGCUAUAGAAAGUUGUGUGGUUUACAGGAACAAUUUGCAUCAAACGUGCAGGGAAUGAGAUCAGGAAGUAAGGUCUAUGGCUAGCCGUAGAUAAUUCUGGAGUGAGAGUCGUCAUCGCCGUUCAUCAAAAAUCAUACGAUUAAACUGCCUUUUGAAUACAACCAUGGUGCCAGAUUUUAGUAUUUCUCUUGGAAGUGAUUUCUACGGCUAAAUACAUGAUGAUUAAACGAGAAUUCCCAUUGGUCUGGGCGCAUACGCCCCCGUUUGACAUUCCCGGGCGACCGCGCAUGUGACUCAUGUUUGUAAACUCAACAAAAUCUUCAGAUUAAAGCGAACAGUCAUGCCAGAGAAUAAUGCGGAAUGCCUACCGCAAGUCGUACCGCAUUUUUCUACAGGAUAGCGGAAACAAACUGAGAUGCAUCAGUCUUUCUGGAUAAGACUGAGUACUAAGACCGUCCACCAGUUUUGUCGCUUGUCGUUGCACCUGCUCGAUGGGGUCACAGUCUUUCUUGCAGGGCAUUAAAGCAGCCUGCGUUCUGCCUCUCAUUCUUUAUCGUUAAACUGUUUUUUCCUGGUUUGUACUCAAUAUAAGGCGUAUCUCACUAGCUAUCAUUUUCUUUCGGUAUUUAAUAUGCAUUUCCAGUUGAUGGAGUAAUACAACGACAGUUUACAGCGUCCGAGGAAUUUGCCAGUCGAAUCCUGGAUGGUGUUGUAUAUACCUUACACGCUGUUACAGUUGACGCAAAGUCUUCCCGCUCCACGUGCGAUGGCUACCGGUAUCUCUCCUGUCGCAUGUGCGCAUAUUAACGACCUCUGUUAACAUUUCUUGCAUGAUAUUUGGCGUUUUUGUUUUACCUACCUCCUACGACGUCAAGUUUAUUGUCCUGGGUCCGGAGUAAAAGGACACUUUCCCUAAACGGCCUAUGGGAGACUUACAUCGAAGCAACGAAAUGGAGUCUUUGGCAGAAAUACAGAAAGCGGAAGUUAUAGAUCGGACAGCUAGCGGAGUGCGUUUCUGCUCAUGCUGACUUUAACGGAAGAAAAGAGCAGUCAGAAGAGUGCAACGGACAACAAUAUUAAUGUGGGUGUGGGAGAAAAACAUAAAACGCAUGCCUAUGCGCGAUGGCGGCAGUAGAACGAACAUAAUACAGAGCACAAGUAAAUGAUUCAAAAUUAUAGGCGUAAGGAAGCAUACGAAUAUUCUGGGAAGCAUCUCUAUAUUUCAAACUAUGCAAAAUACUUCAGAAACUAACCAGUAAGACCAAAAAGCGAUCAUGCAUUGUCUGUAUAUCUACAUGCCGAAAUUGAUAACGUCAUCUGAACGUUUGCAAAUGAAGUCAUUACAGUUACUAUCAGUGGUGAUCCGUGUUGGUUGUGUCCAGUUUUUCGGUAAUGACUCCAUAUGUAAGAAUCGACGUACCAUGACAAUCGCUACAGUAGUACGAAGUGUAAUCCUUAGUAAACUAAUGUUUAAAACUGCGUCCGCUGUUUGAUUUAAAGCUCGGUAAGCUAACAGAAGUCACUCAUCCCCAUUACUAUGAACAUUGUGGAGACAAACGGCUUGGGGACAGAACUCUUGGAGGCACCACUCACAAAUGAGGUGGCUGUUGACGUGCAGGCCCCGACGCCUGUACUCUCCGAUCUUCCUAUACAGGUCUCUGCGAUACACCGUGACAACGCACCUCCUAUUCCAGUUUCAGAAGGCUUGCGGACUUGACGUUUGUUUCGAACACCAUCAAAAGCCUUCAUGAAAUCAGUGAAAGUGACAUGAACCUUCUGCAUAAUCCUCUUCCUCUUGCUGCUCCCCCUCAUCUAUCUCCUCCAGUGCAUGAGUCCACUGUUCAUUUUAAAGCACUAAAUUUGAAAGGAAAGAACGAUUUUGGCUGAAGCCGUUUUGGGACCCCGAGGGCAAGUUUUCCUCUUCAGGAACUUCACGGCCUAUUUCUUAUGUGUGAUUGCCAUUACUUUACAACAGAUGUAGGUCAGACCGACGAGAUGAUAAGUGAUGGACUCCGGUUCGAUCCCCGUCCUCACAAAUAGGGUAUUUUCAGUAUUUAAUUCGGAUGACGUUCUACCUUAUUCAAAUGACGAAGAGAAGUCGUGCACCAGUGUAUUGAAGAAUUCGUCCGCCAAUUCAGCAACGUCAUCGGUGUAAUGUCCGGGUGAGAUGACAGGGCUCAUUUACGACUCCGAAGUCUUAUUUUUACUACAGGCUCUGAGAAGUGCAUAGAUUUCAUUACCGGCCAACAUUUAUAACAAUGUGAUUGUGAAUAUUCCACUCUGUCGUCUGCUGAGUACAGAAUUAAGUGAAGUGGCUCAACUAUUCUGCUUUAUCGUCAUUCCCAACUAUUUAUGUGACGUUAUCAUGUCUAAGUACAGCGAAUGGGUCCUUGUUUUCAGUCAACGAUUAAUGUAGUGGUGCAAACUCACGGAGCUCCCAUCGGUAUGUUGAAUAAUUAUGAAUUCGUAGUUCCUUCGUGCCUGACGACCAGUAAAACUGGUCCAAUACCUCCCCUGUCCUCUUUGAGAGGAUCGUUAGACCUCCCCGUUUACUGAAUGCCGGCCUAGACCUUCCGAAUGGAGGAAGAUAAUGAUUUCAUUGGGCUGAUGGAUUUUUCAGGAAAUAUUUCAUACUCAGCUAGACAAAUAUUAAACAAUUCACUAUGGUAAAAGUACGGGUGAUAACAAUUAUCCAGCUGGUAGAUUUCAGCUCGUAUACUCAUGUAAGCUUUCCGAUAGAAACUCAAAAUAUAUGCCUCGAAGACUUAGUUAAUGUUCACUCAUUCAUUUCUGAGGAAGCUGAAAAACGAAACACACCUAUAUGGAUUGAUCGAGCACGACUUGUUCACCCUUUCCUGUUGGUUAUGACGAUGAAACAUGCUACGAACAUUCCGUAUUGUUCAGAAAAUGUCUGCUUGCUUAAACAUGGGGACAUUGUUGGGCUUGCUCAUGCAAGCAACCUAUACGACCACCCGUACAAUGUUAGUCGCGAACGUACCGACCAACGUCAAAGCACCAUUUACUUUGGUAAAUUACGGUCUGGGCAUUGAAAUCAUUCUCAGGCGAGCUUGUAACUGUAGACAAAAUUUUCGUAUUUAAGAUAAAAUUGGACAGUGUCCGUUCUAGUGAAAAUGACUUUCACAGCAUGAUCACCCUUAGCCAGAUUUGAAAUCCGUCUUCUGUGACUCAUUACUUCCGCACUGUACCUAUGUACUAGGAUAUAUUUAAAUAAUUCAUUUUGGAUCAACUAUGAAAAUGAUGGCUCCUCGGUGGGUUUCGAACUCGUGACAACACGAAUAAGGCUUGAGUACAGCCAAUGCUCUAACUGCCUGAGCUAUGAGGCCCAACGGGAUGCCGUGAGCUUAAUCGCACAUAGGUCAAGUUACCCGCCAAACCUACUGAAAUGUCCGGAAUCCACGAAAUCUGAUGCAGUUGUCUAACUGCCCAAGCAGGGUCUUCAUAAAAAAUCCAUCUAGAAUCCACCAGAUGACUACCAUGCUCAAGUAAUUAACAGGCGUUUUGGCAGAUUUUAAAUAAUCAAUUUUGACCCAACUGCCGUGUGUUCGAAUUCCACAGAGGUUCCGAGUUUUUGUCAGUUGAGUCAAAACGAAUUAUUAUAAAUCUGCCAAAACACCUAUUCAUUUCUGGAUAGGUCACAAAAUUCCUAUCUUUUCUACUGGCUGUAGGUCAGUGUAAAAGGGACAAAUUGAUAUGUAUGUUAAGAACAAUGCCUUUUUCUGUGACCCUGAAAUAGACAUUAACACACGCACUGCAUGCAUUAGUUGGGCUGCUUUAAAUCUGUGCGGGGUAUUAACGAAUCCCAUGCAUGCACGUAGCGAGCUCGAGGCGGAGACUUACACCAUGUCAGUAACUGCGUCGAGUCUUAUUACCAGUUGGUCAACAGGUCGCACUACCUACCUGUGUAUAGAAUAGGGAAGAACGCGUGAGGCCGAUCCCGGGAAAUCCCUUCCCAUGUUAAAUCAGCAAUUCUUCACCAUGAUAAGUCCGACAUGUUUAGAACGGAAAUAAUACACUCAAGGUCAUGGCUUGGGUUUCCGACCAAAACUGUACCGAACAGCUACUUCGACAAAUUUAGUGGGCAAUUCAGGGUGGUAAACAUACCCCGGUUACCACUUACAUGUUUUACUUCAACCCCGUUCCCCAAUAAAUGUAGUGACGCAGCGACAAUUUAUGGAAAGCACAUGUCUCUCCCCUAACUGGUCUUUUUAAUAAUAUUUUCCGAGUACACCUAUGGGCGAUAUCGAAGUACAACAAUCUAUAUAACUUCAAACAGAGAAUAAGCACAGUAAGAAUGAAUGAACAGGUUUUAUCAAAGUUGAAAACGUACGAUGACUUACGAAUGAGCCGUAAAAGUAAACUUGAUGCAAAAGCUCAGGGGCUAUUUUGAAUGUCAAGCCUUAAACUAAAUGUUGAUAGCAUAGAAAGUAGGCUAGGAAUGGGGAUUUCAAAGAGAUCAAACCACGAAUUAAGGCGAGGUUAACCGCUCCAAACAUAAUGGUUGCAGGGGCAGUCUCAACGAACCUCGUAAUAAAUAAAUUACAUGCGGAGCCUUCACAUCGAGCCGUUAUUUCCAUGUGGAACGGCGGGGUUAGCAGAAAGGAAUUCGACGUGGAAUAAUGACAUCAAAAUGACAUGGAUGUUGCAUUCGUAGGAGUCUGAUUCGACUUCCAACAGUUCACUGUCUUGAAUGCCGUUUCGAACACACGUCGGCGCUAAUUUCUUGAAUAACGCCUAUAAGCUAGUGGUUGGUGUAAAGGGGUUGGGAUGAUGUACGGAUUUAUCUUGUGGGUAAUUUUAUGAGCGAAAACUGAAUUCACCCCAAUUUUACAUGGCUUCAAAGUUAUCGUGACAAUAAAGCAGGCCCACGGGUCAUAAAAUAAAUCCAGAAAUGCAAAUGUCCAUGUGUCCUCCGAAUUUCCAACUUUUUUUAACAUCUUUGAAUAAGUAGGGGGGUUUUCACCCCGUAACUACCCACUAGAGGCCCACUUAACCUUAACUAUGCUGUAUAAGGUUGAAAACGAGCACUCCUCUAUACCUUCAGCCUAAAUAUCAAAGGGUCCCCCAGUGGCCAUUCUAUGGUGACGCAGUCAACAUUCAUUCAAUUCAAAAACUGAGUGCCGCCCCUUUGUUGUGAUCGAUUUUGAGAAAUCGAACAAAUUUGGCCAGUGCAUGAUAAUCGACAGCUUAUGAAGUAUAUCACACAUCGUACGAGAGCCUAUAUUGUAACUCGCACUCUUGCACUGUCCCGCAAGCCACUUUACUAUCGUGUAAUCCAUAUAUUCUGCUUAGUUAAUUUUAGGAGCACUUAACACUCAACUUAUUGUUUUGACUGUUUUGGCAGGAUUUUCACGUCCACUAAUUUCUGCCUUUGUACCUCUCAUAAACUGUUGUGCAUUUUCGUGGGCUUAUGAAGAACACCAGCCCGGCAUUCCAAAUAUAACCUCUUACUGCUGAGGCAAACGGAGAAACGAGCUCCAGGCAGCAGUUAAGAAGGUGACCUUGACCCCGUAGUAAGAAUUGCAUUUGUCUGUUUUUUUCGGAAACAGAAACAAAACAAGUAAGGGUGGGUGUUCCGCGCAAGGGGUGUGGUAUUCGUUAAAUGCAGGUGCUAUGUGAAAACACAACAGUCAAGAUUAAGAACUUGUAUUCAUCGCGGAAGAUCAUGUCUGGUGUGAUUACUGUUUGACCAUCUGUAUGAUGGUAGUUAAGUGGGAUGAUUUUAUCAUCGGUGUUUGGCAAAUAAGUUAAUAAGUGUUCUGCCAUUGGUUCGUGAGUACUGUCCCUUAAUGAAGAAUUUUCCCAGGCAAUCCCCGGGAUUAAUUACUCUACCGAGAUAAAGGCGUAGAACCGAAUAUGGACUGAGUAGAUUAGAUAGCUGGUUGAUGGAUUGGAGGCUGUGGAAGGAGACUCGGUAGCAAAGCAAGAAUUUUAUUCCCCUGACGUUUCAGAUUUGUACUAUAACGCAUCGUUUGAUAUCAUCGUGCAGCGACACUUCAACUCGGUGGAGCAAUUCGCUGACCGAAUUCUGAAUGACGCCGUCCAUCCCCUUCAUAAUGAGUUAAUGGCUGCGAAAUCCUUACGCCCCAUGCGUCGACGCUUCCGCCACAUCCCUUGCCGCACUUCGGCCUAUCGGAAUUCCAUACUGCCAUUUCUAGCCCGGUAUCUCACCUGCAAAGAUGUUGAAAAACAAAAACUAAAACUCGAGCAUUCACCUUAAAGUCCUUUUUUCUUCAUAUAUAACUAUGUCCAGCUGUCCAAUACCUGUUAAUCUAUAUGGUAAUCACUGUGUACUGGAGAACCGUUUUUGCUGAAAGUUUUGAAAGUUAUUUUCAAAAUAAAGCAUUCCUCUCUCUCUCUCUCUUACCAAACAGGAGUGGUGGACGCAUAAGGGAGACUGUAUUUGCGAACAUAUGCCAUUACUACUACUACUACUACUACUACUACUACUACUACUACUACUACUACUACUACUACUACUGCUACUACUACUACUACUACUGCUACUACUACUACUACUACUACUACUACUACUACUACUACUACUACUACUACUACUACUACUACUACUAUUCCGUACCGUACUGGAUAUUGUUCAAUUUUGACAUAGAAGGCAUUCACAGACAAAUUCAUACCAGUGACCAAUGUUUGUUGUAUGUAAUUACUUACCUAAUUUUUUUCACACUUGCUUUACACAUUGUUUUUUUUUAUGACGUUAUUGUAACCAAAAGGGAGUUCAAAGGCGCUCGCCUACUUUUCCCUUAAUAAAUCUGAUCUGAUCUGAUCUACUACUACUACUACUACUACUACUACUACUACUACUACUACUACUACUACUACUACUACUACUACUACUACUACUACUACUACUACUACUGCUGCUGUUUGAAAGUUUAGACUUCCCCUUACCCUCGAGGACCCAGAACAAACCUUAGCCAAAGGCUUUUCUGCCUUAAGCACAUGGGAGUUUGAUAUGAACUCAUAAAUACUUAUCGGACGACUAGGAUGGGAGACUGAACCCUGUAAAUCUGGUACUGCUUUGAGUAUUUAAACUAGAAAAGUAGGACUAAAGUAGGGUCCGGAUCGCUUACUUUUUACUGACAGAGAUCAUAGAUAUAAAUAGAUGAUUAUUUAUUUAAUUUAUCUUUAUUUUUAUUUGGCAAGGAUAAUAGGCAAAGCCUUUGAAAACCCUAUUGAUCACAUGUCAGCUCGUUAGAAAUAACUGUACACGAACAAAAUAUUUUCACUACUAAAACAGUACUUGCUUCAUUUGAGUAGCAUUGUCCCAGGGAAAAUAUUUGUGGGGGCGUGGGGUCUUAGUUCAGAUUCAGACUGUCGAGGGAAAACAGGGGACACAUAUAAUCAUCCAAGCGUUUCUUGAAGAGUUGCAGAGACGUAGCCUCCACGACUGACUGAGGGAGAUCGUUCCAUUUCUCCACUACCCUCUGCGUGAAAAAUUCAGAACGGAGAUUCAGCCUGGACAUUGUUGUCCGUAACUUCAUCGAGUGACCACGAAGAUAGGGUGAAAGGUGCCACUGAAACAUGUCCUAAAAUUUAAGUCCAUGCUCAAGGCCAUGUAUUAUCUUGUGGAUGAGGAUAAGAUCACCUCUUCGCUGCCUGUAACACAGAGGGAAUAAAUUAAGGCAAUUCAGUCUGUCUGUGUAGGAUUGGCUUUUUAGACCGUUUACGAGCUUUGUUGCACGCCGUUGUACUCGUUCGAGGCAUGCUUGGUUCUUUACUAGCCAUGGCCGCCAUGCUUGUAUGCCAUAUUCAAAGUGGGACCGAACAAAAGUGCCGUAAACUCUCCCAAAAAUGUCUUGGUCAAAGUUAACGAAAGCCCUUUUGAUUGCAUGCAGCACUCCCAUGGCGUUUUUUGCAGCCUUGAGGCACUUCAGUGUUGGUUUCAGGUUGUUCUGUAUCCAAACCCCGAGAUCCUUCUGUGAAGAUUCAGCGGGGAGCCUUAUAUCUUUCAGGUGAUAUGUCCUCAGGCUCUCAUUUGAAUGAGAAUUGGUAUUGUUCUGCUGCUCGUUCAUUUUGUGACGCAUUCACUCAAAGUUUGGCCCGCCAAUAUGAGGGACCUUUAUGUUUACUAUUACUCUUCCUUAUUUUCGGCCCCUUGAUGACUUACGUUUGCUAACAUAUCUACUUUAUUGGGCUCAGUAACAAUUUCACAAACAUUUUUGUUGAGGAUUGCGUGUGCAGAUAAUUGGCUAUUAACGAAUCAAUUUGAAAACAUUGCUGUCCACUUCAGAAACCAUUAUGGUAUGUAAUACAGCAUAAUAUUAACAGGGGCAAAACAGACAAAAUAACUGUUUUAAGGGUCCCGCUUGUUCUAUACAAGACUAAGCUCAUGAGGCUAUCCUGCCUCACAGACUAAUGCAAUCAAUAUGACCACACAAGACAAGUUCGGAAAUACCAGAUAAAUUUGUUCAAAGACCUUAGAUUUUCGAUGAAUUUGCCCAGGAAACCCUUCAGCUUAUAUUGGCCAAAAAAGCAACUAAACAAGCAUGUAUGCAAAUUAGUUAAAAAAUGAGUGUUCACCACCACGGAAGCGCUCAGACGAAAAUGGCUAAGUGUUCGGUGCACACUUCACCGAUAUGAUCUUGAGCAUGUACUGGGUUUCAACCCAGGGUCAUCAGUAAGAUCUAUUGAUCCUGGCGAACACGACUCUACUUUCUCCUCUAACCACCUUAUAUCAGUUUCGAGACCUAUACACACAUUUCCAUUGAGUCGUAAUGAGGUUCUCUACAUUUAUGGAACUAAUUCGCAGUGGAAGUAAGAAAUCGCGAACAGAGAAGACCCCAAUAAACUCUGAUCUAUUUCUCGACUACAUUCAGUCACUGGAUUAAAUGCAUCAAAAAACUACCUUUGGGGGGAGUUACCUGCAAACUUUAUGUUGGUACCCAUUUAAAUCUCAAUCAGUCAAAGCUUUUUGCUAAUCGUUAUCAGUACAGAACUCCCUAUUUUCUCGACUUAGUGCCCUUAUAAAUAAAUAAGAGGCGUCCAUAAAUACAUUAAUUUCCCCGACAGAUAAAACAGGCGAUAACGUGUGCAACCAAAGCUCUGGUGGAAAAAGCUUUCCAGCUGUCUCUGACGAACGCAGAUUAAAACAAACAUAUGUCGGAGACAGUGUUUAUCUCCACUAGCAACGAUCUUGUUCUGUCGACUAAUUGAUGUUCGCCAAAAUUGUGAGGCAGACUUACGGUAAAUAAAAGACAUUACGAGACAGACUAGUGGGUAACGGGGAUAUGGGUCUCCCGUACGACAGGUGGCUUUGCAUUAAGUUCCAAUGGGUACCUAUUAUCGUGUCUUAACCAAAACCAAAGGGGCUGCUUAAAAGUUACGAGCGCUUCGGAUCAACAACGCCAACAUUCAGUCGCUUCCAUUAUGUCCAAGUUGCCAACGCACCUUUCGUGCGCAAAUCGACCUCGAAGAAAGUCUUCAGACGCAAUCCUACAACAACCCGUCAACACCAAUUUCUCCUUCCAUGAACACCCCUGCCGUCACUCCUGCCUCAAACUCCACGACGAGGAUCACUGCCAACACCAGUGUCCUGCCUUUCUCGAGCACCGGCACCAUCCUCCCCGUCCCACCCCAUGUGUCGAUCACGGCGUCCAGCUGCACCAACACCACUCUUUCUCCCACUUCCCACCUACAGCGUCCCGCGAUCCACUAUCAUCACCAUUAG